AGGAUGCAUUUUGGAUGCUGGUGUCGCUCUUUGAAAGACCGAAGUACUUGUCUGGCUAUUUUGAUUCCACUCUUUCCAAGUAAGGUAUUUUUUUACUAUAUCGGCGAACAUAAUGCAAUACAAUCCUGAAAACUUGUUCUGACAAAUCAAUAUGUCACACGCACCCACGCAUGGCCAAUGGCAUGCUUUGGUCGAACAUGAUUGGACACUCAUUACUUACAGAACUCACAAGAGGAAAGUUGUACAGUACUACAUUGCAUAGAGUGCGAUAAUUAUCAUUUAUAGACGCGGAGCGAGGGGGAUUCGGCGUAAUAUUUCCCGAAGUGAUGAUAUUUUCCGAGGGGCUUUGCCCCGAGGAAAAUAUCAUCACUGAGGGAAAUAUCGCCGAAUCCCCCGAGCGGAGGGUCGAUAAAUGAUAUAUUAUACCGAAGUUAAAGAACUCACUAAGUUCAGAAUAAACUUUAAAACUUGCUGAAUAUUUUAAAACUACGCGAAUACAAUUUUUAAUUUCUUAUGUAUACCUGAGUUUCAACCUCGUUCCCAGGGCUUUAGUGUGAGGACGAGGCGAGACACGAGGAAGCCCUGGUCUGGGCCGGUCAAUUUUGCAUUCUGAUUGGCUAACACCAUAUUGUCUAAAAAUAACUGAACUUGACAGUUGACAAUAACAAUUAACAAUUCAACAUUUGUAUUUUUAUUAUUCUUGUGUGUACGAGUAUGUUUUGCAAAAUAAUCUUUCAAAGUAGUAAGACGUUUUCCCGACUGCAUGAUUUACUUUCGCCUCGGCCGGUUACAACACUCAAAAGUCGUGUCGAAGUGAGCUGUGAUGUUUCCUGACAAAACAAGAAACGUCUACUAUUAUUGAAGCUGUAGUUCAUGUAGUUUUCCUUGUACAGUAUUUAUUAGUGCAGAUGUCUGAUGAAAUACUACGCGUAUUUGCAUUGUCGUAAUAUUUUAAUUUACAAUAUUCUGUACCGGACAAAUAAAAGCAAGACAAACAAUUCAAUGAAACUACUAAAAUUAAUUUAGGCCCUUACUUAAUAGCUCUACGCCUAGGCCGAUGUAGUCUCUACAAGAUUCGCACGCCACCGAGUUUUACAGUUUCAGAAUACCCCGAAUACUUGAAAAUUGCGACUAUAUGAUAAAAUAAAACAAAGAUUGUGAAGGGGAUAAAAUGUGUAGGCAAGCAUUGCUCCUGAACGGCAAGUGUUGGUGUCCGGCGAAACAAGCGAAUCCGUAUAUUCCUGAAUCCUGUACAGCGUAUAUAAACAGGUUACACGAGGUUUUGUAUUUGUGUUAAUGAAUAUUGAAGUAAGUCAGAUCUAUAAGAGCAGAUUUAAACUAAAUAUUAAUUAUAGCAAUAGCCAUAUUGUUCAAGACGAGAGAAAGGAAAUUUCGUGUGAAUCACCACUUGUAUCGGGAGACGCCUAGAUGCAGCUUGGAUGCAGUUGAAAAUCUCCAGAAAUAUCGGUAUAUCUUAGAAAACAUAGACGGGAUCUUCAUAGAUUUCAGCUGAUUCGUGCCAAACUUCGCUCUACACAUAAAUAAUAUCGAUUGACAAGUCUUUUGGCUAUUUAUUUGUUUCGAAGACUUGUAUAUUUCAUUAAAGAAUAUCUCGCCACUCCUUGACGAGCAGCUGUCAAAUACUGCCAUUUUUUGGGUAGACACGUGACCGGCCCAGACCAGGGCUUCCUCGUGUCUCGCCUCGUCCUCACACUGAAGCCCUGGGAACGAGGUUGCCUGAGUUUUUGACGUUUCCUCAGUCUUUAAAAUAUUUGAGCAUGUAUCCUUUGGAUCAUUAAAGGUAACAUACGUCUUGAAAACAUAUGUCCUGGUUAAAUACUUUAAUAAAUCAAAUCUUCUGUACGAAAUUACAAACAACAGCUCGCGAACGCCAUAUUGUUUCAGAGCGUGGUGUCCACGCGUUAGCGUGGGAUACUAUAAUAUCCCACGGUAGAUCUGCCGUGGGAUAUUAUAGUAGGCUAUCUCACGCUGCAUUGCGAAAUCAUGAAUUUGAGUGAAAUACCGUAAAAGAUCGCAUUAUCACGUGGUACAAAUGCUGUUUUUUCAUUGGACAAUUUGAAUUUGAUGUAUAAUAUUUUAGUAUAUACUGUGUGGUAGAUUUUUGUUGUCAGCCAAGUAUAUACCGUGUAGCUACGCGGGACUCUAGCUGUCUGCGUUCGUUUUGUUUGUACCAUGCAUAUAUUAUUAUAAAAUAACAUGUAUAUAACGCGUGCUCUGAUUGGUCGAAACCCGUGUUUGGAUCAGGCCAUCCAAACACGGAAGACUAUCCCGUUGUAGUUAUUUUAUAAAACAAUUACUUUAUGGUUUCCGUGUUUGGAUGGCCUGAUCCAAACACUUGGGAAUGUUGCUCGAGUUAAGAAAAGCGCGCAAAAUCACUCGCCUUCGGCUCGUGUUUCGCUCGCUUUUCUUAACUCUCGCAACAUUCCCGCGUGUUUGGAUCAGGCCAUCCAAACACGGAAACCAUAAAGUAAUUGUAUAACACCUUACACUAUUAUUCAGCUCACGUCCGAUUGGAGUUUCAGUGACCGAUUACUCAAGUAUUACGCUUACUUACAGUAUGUUACUUAUGUACUUAGCUUAGACUAUUUAUCUUUACAACAAUUGUGAUUACUUUCUUAACUAUGUUCAUCCUAACCCACCCUGUCAACUUUCCCUGUGGGAGGAAACCGGAGCGUCCCGAGAAAACCCACGACUUUCGAGUUUCGGCAGAGCGUUGACUAACUCUUUCAUAUGCAUAAGUCCGUAUAGCUAGAAUCGAACCCACGAUCUCAAAAGUGAAAGGCGCUUGCUGACGAUUGCGCCACCGAAGCUCCCUACACUUUCCAAAUCCGAGGUAUUCAAAACCAUUCAAAUGUUGAAUAAAAUAAAUGUCUUGUCAGUCUCUAUAAAACCGUGUCAAAAUGAUCUCAUUAAUAAUUUUGAAUACGCUGCAGGCAAGCGAUUGCGUUCGGCAAUUUUGUCAUGUUAUGAGACUGGAGAAAAAUGUGACGAGUACCAUUGAAAACUUCAGUACAUGUAUUUCGGUAAAGAAAUUUAGAACACUAAUAUCGUUUGACCUUUUGAUUACGGGAUUUUUCCUUGUGGAAAUAAAUAGCUGCCGCGCAAAAAAUACUGCAAAUAUAUAGAAUGUAGAUAGAUAUGUAGACGACCCGAUUCAGAGUAACUGAUUAUGAACGCUUAUAGACGAAACACAGAGACGAUAUAUAACAGACCAGAGACGUUAAACGCAGAGUGGCCAAUGGGAAUGAGAAUAUCAUAGUCUGUCAAAAUAUGUCAAUAAAGUGAAAAAAGUGCCUUUUUUCUGGGCUAAAGUGCCUCAUUUAAAGAACGAAAAAUGUAUUUCUUGAGUGAACGCCCUCUUUUGCUGGAACGAAAGUGCCCUUUUUGUAGUAGUAAAGACUCUGCAAAGGCCAUUUCCAACGUCAUAGAGACUCUGUAUUUUCAAAAAGUUUCGUUCGGCUCGUGAACGACAUAAAAUCGUUUGAUUUUGGUCAUAUACAAAAGUGCUCCUCUUGGCCAAUGCCCCUCUACUUUCGAAAUGCUUCCGCGACCUCUGCUAGAUAUGAUGGUCUGGAGGCCCGGUAAACUUCCAAGCUACAAAAUAAAAGGCCUUUGUUUGAUGUUCAACUGUAUCUCACCGUGCAUGGUCCCGAUUUGGUUGCACGUCUAAUAUCUCUAUUGGACGAUUACUUCUUUAUACGAAAAUACAAUAAACUCAAUCACCGUCGUCACCGUAGACAAAUGAACGUAAACUGAGACAUUAAAAACAUGCACUGUAACCAUCAUAUAUUGAUAGACUAUGAUCAUAUCGAACAGAAAGGUCAUAUUUUUGGUAACAUGAUAUUAUUAUUCUCUCAUUUUCUAUACAGAAUACAACGACAUUCUCAAGUGUUUGAAAGAUUAUUAAGUCAGAAAAUGCCAAGACUUUACAGACACUUGGUAAAUUUACAUUUAAUGUUUGACAAGUUGUUUCGUGCAAAACAUUUCGCGAAAUUUUGGCAGGGCGAAUUUUUGUUUCACCUAUUGUACCACAUUUUCUCAUGUUGAUGCAAAUCUCAGUUUUUUAAACUUUAAAUAUUUAUCAUAAUUAAUUAGUUUGGCAAGUGCGCAAUUCAGCCUUCCAGUUGCAAGGUAUCUAUUUUAAUAAACAAUAACUAUCAAUUUAUAUACCUGUCUUAGUUUCUAGUUUAUAUUUUUAACAAUUAUUGAAUUCGGUUUUUCGAGAUAUGAAAAAUUAUCAAGCCCGAUGUUUGUGUUAUCAACCGAAGUCGAUAACAACACAAACUUAUGUUAUCAACCGAUGAUUGAUAACAACACAAACUGAUGGCUUGAAAAAGACGUUUGGGGUCAAUUCGUCGAAAUAUUAUCAGUACUUUUCCCAUUUGCUUUCAUCUUUCAUUAAUUAGACGUGGCUGUUUUCGUCGAUAUCUCUUCUUUAUAUUUCAGAAGUUGUUUUCUUUAAAUUGGCGAACACCACCGAAGAAGACGUCAUAUUGUUUUGGUUUCCACUUUUCGUAUUCGUAUUUCCACAACAUGAUCCAAUAACGUUAAAUAUGCAUAUAUCUUUAUAUCAUCAUUAUGACAUAACUGUGAAUAUGAUUUUCAUAUCAACAUUAUGACGUCACUAUUUGGUCAGCUUUUGAGUUGAUACGACGCCAUAUUUGAUCAGCUAUCGUGUUGAUAUGACGAUUUCACAGUUGUAAAUAGAAACCACGAAUCUUGUAACUAAAUAAUAAUUAGGCCUAUUCCAUUUUCUUAGAAAGAAAAUGGUAUUGAUCCACUAUUGUAUAUUACGCCAUGGUUUAUGGCACUUUACACCAGUCUUCCGUGUUGGGACAGUGUACUUACUAUUUGGGAUCUUCUUCUGUUAGAAGGUAACUGAAAAAUCUAAUUGCUAACUUCAUGAUGUACAGUACAGUACAAGAAAAAACCCUACUUUUUGUUUUUGUGUUCUAAGGGGUCUCAGUCAUAUUUCAAACAUCGCUUGGCAUACUUCACAUCAUCUCCGGUACGUACAGUAUGUGAAAUUGAAGCUUCUUGUGCUUAACUAUAGACCCCUUGCAUGCAGACGUCAUAUAACUAAAACUGCCAGCUAGAAUUCGCGAUUCCCCUUAUUACGUUUUCGUGGCACUUUGCAUUGUGGUUAUAGUGGUAUAUCACUGAUAUUCAAGAUGGUUUAUUAUUUUGGCAAGAACUUUUAAAAAAAGCUACGGUCAGGUGCGCGAUAGCCAACAGCAAAAUAUUCGCGAAAACAUACAAUAUUUUCAUUCGAGGCCGCUAUCUUUAUCAGUGAUACCACUAUAUAACCACAAUGCAAAGCGCUACGAAAACGUAAUAAGGGGAAUCGCGAAUUAAGUCCUUCCAUCGUACCUAUACUGCAUGAUCAGAUAUGGUGCGGCAUGCAGCUAGAGGUGCCCUUUAUAUCCUUCGACUCGAUCAGUUUGUUCUGUGUCCUUCGAAAUUCGGUUCAGCUGCAAGUAAGGAUGAUUAGUAUACACCCUACUUCCAAUUUUGGGUGAAAACUAGUGAUGUAAUGCUAAUGGUAUCCAGUAAACAAUGGACAUUCGGCACAAUUUGGCCGGACAUUUGCUGCAUAGACUAGGACUUUUAUUAUUACCUUGAAACCAAAAAACUGUUUCCUUUGUCGGUUUUGUGUGUUCAGAAAUUGUGAAACAUGAACAAUCACUGCAUACGACUUGACAUGCAGAAAUUGUUUUCGAGAUGUAAACUGCUCUGUCCUCUUGAUUACCCACAUAUUACCCCUGUACCUGUAUAAAACACCUGCCCAGAGCCUGCUGAAACAUUGCUUCUUAAGGUUACAGGACACCCUUUUUGGCGUUUUGUGGAAAAUCACUACUGCGCGCUCAAAGUCAGUCCGAUUUUCAUCAAAUUUUCACCAAAUGUUAGCCAGUGCAUGCAAAAUAUGAUAAAGUUGUAAAAUUGACAAACAAUAAAAUAAUGUAAGAAUUAUUCAGGAAAAUCUUAAGUCGCGGUACCUUUACGCUUUUGAGUUAAUAUGUUCCUGCUGGUUUUAAGAUAUAUUUAUGAAAAUAUCAUUUUUAUACAGUAAAAUAGUUGUUCUAAAAAAUUGUGUUCGGAAAUUUUUGUUUAUUUCGUCAUUCCGCUGAUAUGGCGAUUUCUUUGACGACUGCAACAUAUUUCUGAAUCGUUUGUGUGAAUUGCUCAUUAUUAAAAUAUCCAAAAUUAGAACAAAGCCGCGAACACAAUUUUGAAACUGACGUCUUUAGCUAUGUCCUGUGAAAAUGUGAGAAAAAAUCGUUAAAACCCGCAGGAGCACAACUCGUUUAAAAAUCAGUAAUUGCCGUAAAAUUCUUCGGGAGAAAAUUGAAUUUGAAUAUUACAUUUUCAAUGUUUUUCUUAUUGCAAGCGAAAUGUAUUUUAUUAAAUAACUCUGCGAGUUUUCAACAUUUUUCGUCCAAACUUGGUCAGAUAGUAGAACUAGUCUAAUGCUUUCAUGGAAACCAAUAAAAAAAUUUUAGGCAACAUGAACACUCAAAGGUGUUCUGUAUAACCUUAAAUGACUGCCGGCAGACGUAAACAAUUUAAAAUUAAGCGGGCGAAAAGCUGUUUUACUUAUGUAUGUUACUAAAGUUAUGGUAAUUACUGUUAAUCUGCGAAAGCAUGACUAAUGUUUUAUUUCUCUUAGAUGAGCUGUUAUCUCGCACUGGCAUUGCUCAAAUACUUCCCAUUCUACUUCGCCUGCCCGCAGAAAGGUUUGUUUCCUGUCUUCGGUUGUAGAAAUGCAACUUACAGUAAGAUUAAUUUUGCUUCACACAAUAUACACUAAACAGUCCAAAGAUAGAUUUAAUUUUUUGUAUCUGAUUGACCAAUCAGGUGAAAUACCGCAUUUUCGCUUUUUUUUACAUGCGGCCUGUCAGGGAUUUGUGUCAAGCCGUCUUUUCCUUUCCGCCCACCCCCUUUUAAAGGCCAUUUUCCAUUGCAGUCGCUUUGCCCGCGCGGGCGUAGCGAUCAAUUUUAAUCACGCGUGAAAAAUCAGUCGCCCGGGCACGCCAAGAAAGUUGAAUGUAGUUCUACUUUCAUGGCGUGUCCGCGAGCAUUCAGGCGGACAAAAAAUGCACAGGUUAGGCAACUACAGAGAAAGUUGAGUAAUGUUCGCUCCGCCCGUGCGAGCGAAGCGAUUGCAAUGGAAAAUGGCCUUAAGGAAGGGUAACCAGGACCUGAUACUCAGGCUAGAGGAGAAUCUGCGUCUCAUUGCAGGCUACAGGUUACAGCUAAACAGGAAACACCCUGAUCCAGGGUAUCCUGAAGAUGACUUGAGAAAACUUUUUUUUUCUUUAUUGUAGCCAUUUAUAUUUCCUUUUCAUUUCUUCUUUGUAGACUGAAAAGGUCUUACUUUGUGCCAGUUAUGUGGCGUUGGACGAUUUUCAGUUGGGAGGUGAAUGCUGUCUUGGCAAUAAUUACAGACACGAGUAAUGUUCAAUCUAACCAAGGUGAUGUGCAUCAGUGCUUUUAACUUGAAGCUAAUU